CUCAGUGGGCGCAGCGGGGGGAGACGAGCAGCAGCCUCCGGUAACGACCACCAGCAGCACUAGCAUCCCUCACACUUACUCUGUGACAAUGCUCAGACUAUCAUAUCAUCUAUUGUCUUCUUAGUCAACACCGUUUCCAAAUUGGACCAGAGCGACACCCGUGUUCUGUGCGCUCCAGGAGAGCUGCGUCUUGUUCAUAUCUGAAUGACGGGCGGACGGUUUGAUUUCGACGACGGCGGCACUUACUGCGGGGGUUGGGAAGAUGGAAAAGCCCACGGACACGGCAUAUGCACCGGACCCAAGGGCCAGGGGGAGUACGCCGGCUCCUGGUCCCACGGCUUUGAGAUAGUAGGCGUGUACACCUGGCCCAGCGGGAACACCUAUAAGGGCUACUGGUCUCAGGGCAAACGGCAUGGUUUAGGCGUGGAGAAUAAAGGCAAGUGGGUCUAUAAAGGCGAGUGGAGUCAUGGCUUUAAAGGGAGGUACGGCAUCCGGCAGAGUCACAACACACCUGCCAGAUACGAGGGCACCUGGAGCAACGGGCUGCAGGACGGGUACGGCGUGGAGACCUAUGGAGAUGGAGGCACUUAUCAGGGCCAGUGGAUGGGUGGGAUGCGACAUGGCUACGGUGUCCGUCAGAGUGUCCCGUACGGAAUGGCCACUAUCAUCCGCUCCCCUCUGCGCACUUCCAUGGCCUCUCUACGCUCUGAGCAAAGCAACGGCACGGUCCUCCAUGACCUGUCCUCUCCCGGGGACACGCCAACUGGCAGCCGUGGCGGAUUCGUCCUCAACUUCCACUCAGACUCAGAGGUCGUCACGGGUAAAAAGAAGGGCCUUUUCCGCCGGGGCUCUCUGUUUGGAAGCCUCCGACAGCUGCGCAAGUCUGACUCCCGGACCUCCAUCUCCAGCAAACGCAGCUCAGCACGCAGCGACGCCACCAUGAGCCGAAUCAGCUCCAGUGAUGCCAACUCCACCGUCUCCAUUGGCGACGGAGAGCUAGCCGACGAAGAUCUACCUCUGGAGGAUCACGUGGACGCCACCACCACCGAGAGCUACAUGGGCGAGUGGAAGAACGACAAACGCAAUGGAUUUGGUGUUUCGGAAAGAUCCAACGGGAUGAAGUACGAAGGGGAGUGGCUAAACAAUAAGCGUCAUGGUUACGGGUGCACGGUUUUUCCUGAUGGUACUAAAGAAGAGGGGAAGUACAAAAACAAUGUGCUGGUGCGUGGAAUAAGGAAGCAGUUGAUUCCUCUUAAGAACCCCAAAACCAAAGAAAAGGUGGAUCGGGCCGUGGAGGGGGCGCAGAGAGCAGCCGCUAUCGCCAGGAGCAAAGUGGAAAUAGCUGCUUCCAGAACGGCCCAUGCCAGGACAAAAAGUGAAGCUGCAGAUCAGGCAUGUAUCUCAGCGGUGCAUGACUCCGAAAUCGCCAGAUCAGUCGCCAGAGAGCUCUCCCCAAAUUUCCACCAACCAGGGCCGGACUACUUGAAGCAACCGAGUAAAGAACCCGUGGAAAUCAAAGAAGUCCCAGUUGAAAAGCCGGAAAGAAAUCCAAGAGAUUCUCCACACUUUUACCGCAAAGGCACCACUCCUCCGCACUCCCCCGUCACCAGCUCCACCGGCACUCCUCCACCCUCGCCCCACUCCGGAAAAAAAAAGGGCCAGAUCGCAAACAGCACCAGCCGCAAAACCAGCAAGGAUGAAAAGUCCUCCCGCAAGGUGAGCAAAGAAGAGAAGACUGCGCAGAAAACCAGCAAAGAAGAACGGCCCAGCAGGAAGUUGAGUAAAGAAGAGAGACCAACAGUACUUGAUGGUAUUGAAAGUCAAGCAAAAGCGCCACCGAAACCUGCCAAAGUCCAACAGCCCGCACCUGCACCUGCCCCUCAGCCCCCCACUGUCCCGGUCAAUGGUCAGCUUCAUGCAGAGUAUCACAGUUAUUAUGUCAAAACUCCCACAAGGCUUCCACCGCCCCCUGACCCCGAGGAAGACCUUGACGAAGAGCCCAGUGCCCUGGCUCUGGCCCGGAUGCCCCCACAGCCUCCCAGAUCCCUUACCACUCCUAUCCCAAAACCAGCCUCUCUCCGGGACAGCAAGAGUGAUCCAAAACUCAGGAAGCAAGAUUCCCUCAAGCCAAAGAGCCUCGCUGACACAAAGAAAGCCAGUAUGGAGCUUGCCGAAAAUGGAGAAGAAGCAGGUCCUAACUCUAUUCUUGUUGCUAUGGUAAUGCUGCUGAAUAUUGGCCUUGCAAUUAUAUUUGUUCAUUUUCUGACUUGAUGACACAAUAUCGGAGUGAGCACCGUGGCAACCGGUAUGGUUGCAUCAGCGGCCUUGAAAAUGGCGCCAGUGAGGCACAGGGAAGCCGCAGAGUGUUUGGGAAACCGCAGAAGAGACCACUGGAGGAGCUGCCUUCCACCUGGCAUGGGCCACUUUUGAAAAGGCCAGUCCCUGAAUUAGUGCUAUCUUUGGCCCAACUAAAAGCUGAGCUGUCUACCAAGAUCAUAAAAAAACAUUUUAAGUAUAAAUACAAAGAAAAAGAGUUUAAGGAAAAGCAGUGUGCUGAUCCGCCUUGGCAGAUAAAGUGGUGGACCGGUGGACAUUGCUGGAAAAGGACAGAGAUGCACUUUUAGAUGACAGGAGCAAACAGCUGCCUUUCUAUUUUACCAUCUGACGUUUUGAUGGGGAGACGUGAGCCCCGCGCCGGAGCAGAGGAGGGCGGGCUACAGUUGCAGUGUGCUGGGUUUGGGACAGAGCAAUUUCAUAUUCAGAGAACAGAAACCAUCAUAGGCGCUCAGUCAGAGCUAGCACUAUCCAGUCUUAUCUGUUUGUCAUCCACACGGUUUUCUCAAGCUCUUCCCACCCAGGACACACUGCUAUGCACUCCCAUGCAUGGUAUGGAUUCAACAGGUUUUCAUUGUUGUUCUGAAUGUGGGGUACCGGCCGUCAUUCACUUGUAGUGGAAAUGUCUGUUAUCAAUUGCAUUCAUUCAAAUAUUUAUUUGAGUUCAUGAAUAAAAGUGCAAUGUAUGUUUUAUUUUUAACUAAAAGUCAAUAUUUUAUUAUAUUUUGCCAAAAAUCGACUGUAUAAUACAAGAAGAAAUGUCUAAUUUAUUUUGUGGGAGAAAUUUAUUAAAACAUAUUGUGGAUACAUUUUAAUUUCAAAUUUAUUGUUAAGCUAUAAAAGCAAGUAUAUUCUGUGAAAUAAUGAAACAAAUGUCUUAUUAUUUAUUGACGAAGGAUACAUGUGUCAUUGUACUGUUAAUACAUGCCAAAAGCACAUGGCUUGAAUUUCUUUAUUUGUUCUUUGUGCUUCAUCACCACAUGGAUGCUUUAGCGUCAGGCCCAACAUCGCUAGCAUGUUUAGAGACUGGCUCAACACAGUCCUGUGUACAGUGAGUUUAUUCAGGUGUGUGUGUACAGGGGGGAGAGGGGGGAGGGGGAGGUGGAGAGAUGCCUUUAUGUCUUUAAGCGAAGCUGUUUACCUCAGAGAAGAGACAGUAGUGAGAUCAGGGGAGAAGAGACAGUAGUGAGAUUAGGGGAGUGGGCACGGCAAACAAGAUGCAACUUUUGUCUUAAUUUAGUUGUGUGUGAGUUUGAUUGUGGCCAUCCGGCUCUCAAGUUGUAGCUGGCAGUAGUCUUUGUUGCAGAUAUGGCAUGAUAUAUUUUUAUUUUUAGAAAUGGAAAAAUACAGGCUGUUAUUGCUACAAAAACUUUUGUUUUAGAUCAUUAAUUUUGCUCAUUGUAUUUUUCCAUUGCUCAUUGUAAAAAGGGCUUUAAAGGGGCAAUGUUAAAUUUACCUUCUAAACUUGACUGUUGUUAAAAUCGGGCACCAUGCAUCAGAAUCACUUUGAAAUUUUGCCAGAGUAGAGCCCAUAGUGGUAGAUGCAAGUCAAUAUUUUACAUGUGUAUUUUCUCUCUAUUGUAUGAAAUCCUGCUGCUAUUGGACUCAAUGGCACUCACUGUAAGAGCAUCCACCAUGUUCAAGACCAUAGGCCAUAAUCAUACCAUGUUCACUGAAUCAAAACCUGUCAGUGGGUUAUUUUCCGAGAUGCAUCAGUGCAUGAUGGAGACCUUUAUAUUAUAUAGAUAAUUCUAUACUGUUUGUAUGGAUUUUUACAGAGCACAAUUCAGAAUCUGGUAUGAGUUGGUAUUUUUCUAACUAUUUGCACACCUGUAUUUUGAAAAGGGAUAUAUGAAUAUUGUUUGUAAUUGAUAAUGUAAUGCACAUGAUUGUGGAAACUGAAAAUACUUUAUUUCUGGUUGGUAUAAUGUUUGGGCUAUCAAAGAAAACGAUGGAUGUUAUUUGUUUUAGUAGCUAUUGAGGAUAUGGGAACUGCAGGUGACUUUUGAUAUCUCAAGGCGUAUGAUACCCCACUGAUUUGUGCAAAGUCUUUGGAGAGGUGUAUAACAAUAAAAAUGUUAUGCCUAACUAA